AUGAACAUAAGACAGGCAACCGUUGACGAUCUACUUGCAAUGCAAAAUUGCAAUUUAAUGAACCUUCCUGAAAACUAUCAAAUGAAAUAUUAUUUCUAUCAUGCUUUAUCAUGGCCACAACUUUCAUUUGUCGCCGAAGAUCAUAAAGGAAGAAUUGUUGGCUAUGUUUUGGCGAAAAUGGAAGAGGAUACUGAUGAUCCGCAUGGACAUAUCACAUCGCUUUCAGUAAUGCGAACCUAUAGAAGAUUAGGUAUAGCAGAGAAAUUAAUGACACAAUCACAAAAAGCGAUGCUCGAAGUCUUCAAUGCACGAUACGUUUCUUUGCAUGUUCGACGAAGUAAUCGUGCCGCACUUCAGUUGUAUCAGGAUACUCUGAAAAUACACGAUACAGAAGAAAAGUAUUACGCGGAUGGUGAAGACGCCUAUGCAAUGCGAAAAGAUUUAAGAACGCCAAGUAACGUCGCUUCAUCUUCGUCACUGGCAAAAACUAAAACAUAA